CAAACAAUGGCUACACCAACAUCUACCAGUGCGCCUACCGCGAGCGUUACUUCGUCCGACUCGUUGCCAUCAUGCACAACGGCAGUCCUGGGCAAGUACGGACACGUCCCGAUCGACGCCUGCAACUCGUACUAUGCUUUCGAUCCCAGCUUUGAAGGGAAUGUUACGUUUGCCGUUCUCUUUGGACUGUCGUUCGUCGCGCACAUUGCCCAAGCCAUCCUUUACAGGAAGAGAUUCUGCUGGGUUCUUUGCGUCGGCGCCUCAUGGGAAUUGACAGCCUUCAUCCUCCGGUCCCUCGGCGCCAGGGACCAGCAGCAGAUUGGUUACCAGAUUGGCGGGCAGCUCUUGUUCCUGCUCGCUCCCCUAUGGAUCAAUGCAUUCGCCUACAUGCUCUCAGCCAGACUCGUGUACUUCGUCCUGCCCGACCAGCGCGUCUUCCGCGUCAAAGCGACGGCCCUCACAAAAAUCUUUAUCACCAUGGACGUCGUUUGCUUCCUGGUGCAAGGGGCGGGCGGGUCGAUGAUGUCCAACACGGAGGCCGCAUCGGACGACCCCAUUCUGCGGACCGGCAAGCAGGUGUACAUGAUUGGGUGCGGCCUGCAGCCCGCCUUCAUCGUCGUCUUUUGCGGGCUCAUGGGGCGCUUCUACGUCAAGAUGAGGCGGGCACAGAGAUUCGACCUCGAUUUGAAACGGAUCGGGGCCAUGGUGUUGGUGUUGGUGAUGUUUGUAGUGUUGGUUCUCAUCAUUAUCCGGAUCAUCUUUCGGUUGAUCGAGUUCGGACCGGGGGCGAACAUGAACAACCCGAUUCUGACAAACGAGAACUACGCGUUUGGGCUUGACGCACUGCCUAUGGUGCUCGCGCUCGUGUUGCUCAACGCUGUGCAUCCGGGUAUCGUGCUCGGGGGCGAAAACAGCGAGCUCCCUCGGCUGUCGAGGAAGGAGAAGAAGCAGGUGAAGCUGGAGAGGAAAGCAGCCAAGAGGGAGUCUAAGCUGGCUAAGAAGGCGGCAAGGGAGCAGAAGAAAUCGGCGGCGGGUUUGGAGGUGGACGAUGAUGGUGACUAUGUUGCCAUGGAGGAGAGGCCGUUGGCGGUGGAUGGAUAUGACAGCGAUGACAGGACUGGCGCUAGGGGGGGGAGUCAUGUUUAGAGGGAUACCUACCUUAGACUGCAACUGCCCAGAGUACCUCAUCUUGACUUGUGGCAUCAUGUGUAAAAUCUUUGGAGCAUAGCUCGGGCGUUUUGGCAGCUUAGAUGAACCUGUUAUGUGUCCGAGAACACGCUUCGUAGUUCGCGCGCGCUGACACCAAUCGGACUCUUGGGAAUGUCGUCAUGAAACAACACAGCGUUGCUUCUGUGAUGCAUGCAUGAAUGGAAUGGACUGCGUAUGCAGCAUGUCGGCAUCUGUUCUCUGUGCCUUGGGCGAUAUCACAGGUGAAUGAAGCCUUUGGACUACCCUUUGGAAGAGUGCGACAUGUUCAUCGCAGCUUGGGAUGA